GCAGCUCAAGUUCAGUGCUACGUGAGCGUGCGGCGCGCGCGCAUCGAAAUUCGAAUCGAUCGCGCCAGUGUUUGUGAAAAAACAUUUAUGGAAUUGUUUUUGUGACUACGAUUAAAAUAAAAAAAAGAAAAAUGCCGGCCUACGACAAUGAAGGUGCCACCAUAUCUAUGGAAGAUGUACGGGAGCAGAAGCCCAGCACCAUUGAUGAUGAAUUAGCUAUGCGCAGAAAUAGAAUGCUGAAGCCGCAGAAGUCUACAUUAUCUUCUAGAAAGAAGCAGGCGAUCUGCGUCAGACGGGCGCACAAGAAAUAUGGGCCUGCGAAAAAUCCAAACGUCAUUUUGGACGGAUUAAAUAUGACAGUUGCUAAAGGUGCCAUCUAUGGUCUACUUGGUGCAUCUGGUUGUGGAAAGACCACGCUACUCUCAUGCAUUGUGGGCAGACGAAGACUGAAUUCUGGUGAAAUAUGGGUCCUUGGUGGAAGACCAGGAAGCCCUGGUAGUGGAGUGCCAGGUCCUCGAAUAGGAUAUAUGCCACAGGAAAUCGCGUUAUUUGGCGAGUUUUCUAUCCGGGAAACCAUGAUAUACUUCGGGUGGAUAUCCGGUAUGACCACCAAGGAGGUGGAGGAGAGGAUUGACUUCCUUGUUGACUUAUUACAGCUCCCUAAUCCCUCACGGCAAGUAAAGAACCUGUCUGGAGGUCAGCAGCGACGGGUGUCGCUUUCAGCUGCUCUUCUGCAUGAGCCAGAACUGCUAAUCCUCGAUGAACCAACGGUGGGACUUGACCCUGUCUUGCGACAAAGCAUCUGGGACCAUUUGGUGGAAAUAACGAAAGGCGGCCGAACGACUGCCAUCAUCACCACACAUUAUAUUGAUGAGACUAAACAGGCCAAUAUGAUUGGUCUAAUGCGUGGAGGACGGUUUCUCGCCGAAGAGUCACCGACUGAGCUGAUCAGGCGGUACCAGGCCGAGAGUCUUGAAGAUGUCUUCCUCAAGCUCUCAGUUCUCCAAAACAUGGGGAAACGGAGACGAUCAAGUAUCCUCGCGGAUGUCGUCGAGAAGGUGGAAAUACCGGCUAUACCCGACCCAACAGCCAUAGAUGUUGAAGAUGAAAUAGGUGAAAUAUCAGGAGAGUUUGGUGACAAUGUGUCAAUGAGCAGCAAAGGCAGGAGUGUGAUCGCAGACCUGACAACAGCAGUAGAAGCUUUGCCGCCAGAAGAUGAGGCUCCUGGCGGUUAUCUAGACAGAAUGAAGCCCAUGAGCUGGCACCACAUGAGGGCAUUGAUAUGGAAAAAUUUCUGGAGUCUGUUCAGGAACUUUGGACUUCUAGCCUUCAUCAUUGGUCUUCCCCUAUCCCAAAUGAUACUCUUCUGUCUUGCCAUUGGACACUAUCCAGUGGGUCUACCAAUCGCAGUUGUGAAUUAUGAACUUGGCCCGAACAAUACUAAUGUACCAUGCGACUAUGAAAAGAAUAAAUGCCCACAGGAUCCUAAAACCUGGGAGUGGAAUUUAACGAGAUUCAGUUGUCAAUAUCUGGACUUUCUCUCGAAGAGACAGUCGAAUUUGAUAUACUACCCCAACGAAGUAGUAGCAAUGUCAAAAGCAGAAAGAGGGGCCGCUAGAGCUGUCCUUGUCUUUCCGGCUAAUUUCUCCACUAGUCUCCAAGAAAGAAUGAAAGAUCCGAGGCAUACAGACGUUUAUACCGUCGAAAGCUCAGAAAUCACUGUACAUAUGGAUGAUACAGAUAAACAAGUCGAGUGGAUGUUGCUGCGAGACAUUCAGCUUGCGUUCAUGGAGGCUACCGAACAGCUGACCUAUGUGUGCAAUCUUCCAAAGAGGAUGCUGUCCAUACCUGUCACUUUUCAUAACCCCAUUUACGGUUUGGAGGUCCCUAAUUUCACAGACUUCGCGGGACCCGGUGUUAUCCUUACAAUCAUCUUCUUCCUGGCAGUCGCGUUGACUUCCGGUUCCAUGUUGGCAGAACGGAACGACGGUAUACUUGAACGAUCACUUGUUUCCGGUAUAACAGGUACCGAGAUCCUCUUCUCACACGUCAUAGUCCAAAUGUUGGUGAUGAUAUUCCAGACGGCCAUGGUGCUGAUUGUCGGUUUCGUCAUCUUCGGUCUGACCCUCAAAGGAUCUCUGGGUUGGGUUAUUGUUCUGACCCUCAUUAAUGGCCUGUGUGGAAUGACCUUUGGUUUUGUAGUUUCCUGCGUUUGCGAUACUGAAAGAACAGCCACAUAUCUAGCACUCGGCUCAUUCUUGCCCAUGAUGUUGUUAUGUGGUAUCAUCUGGCCAGUUGAAGGUAUGCAUCAAAUUCUUCAAUGGAUAAGCUUCGUACUACCCCUCACUAAAUCGACGGAGUCCCUCCGUUCAAUGUUACAACGAGGCUGGACGAUUGAUGUGCCUACAGUGUACACUGGUUUUGUUUCCACCACCUUAUGGAUAGUAAUAUACUUGACAGUUAGUAUAUUAUUAAUUAAAUUUAAGAAGGGAUAGUUUAUACUUUAUAACUGACCAAAUUUUUUAAACAAGCGUAAUAUUCUUCCUUAGAACUUUCCUAUACCUUCGAUAAGUAUUAUAUUCGAUGUUUUUCCUAGCUCAAACGUAUUAUUAGCUUUUUUGUAUAGCUACACGUAUUCUAUUUCAAACGAUGCCCGUUCGUGCUACAAAAUACGCGCACGGAAGCUUUUUAAAUUUUCCAUUAUUAAAUAUUCCAGGUAUUCGAUUUUAUGUAUUUCGUGCUAAUUGUCAUCAUACCUACUACUGUAGUGGUACUAUAGCUUUUGUAGCCAUUAUUUAUAGAUAAUUGCCUGUUUAUAAAAAAACAAAUUUAGUCUAUGGAAGUCUAGUUAUUUUGUCAUGGUCAGUCAGAAAAUUCAUCCUUGAAGGGCUAACUCCUCUAAGUACUUAAUUGCUCACUUUUGACGUAUCGAGUAGUUUAUUUAGUAAUUAUUUAUUAAUAAAUGUACAAAAUAAGUUUAGCAAUACAUUUAGUAUUAGUAAUUAUAAAAUUUACCAAUUUUGUGAUACAAUAUUUUUUGGUGAGGUUAUUAUAUAGUUGCCAUAGUAGUUAGUUUUUAGGAAUGGUGAUAGUCUGUGAUUUGCUUUUAAAUAUGACUAAAGUUUUACUUGGCUAUGUGCGUACAACAUUUUGUAAUUAUAUAUAACUUUUUUAACUUAGUUAAUAUAAAUUAAACCCAUAAUAUACAUUUAUUUUAUCAAAAGGACACGUAUUAUAAGUUUUAUUGUUU